CCACUAAAUGACGCACAAAAAUUCAAUUUCAUACACAAUUGUUCAUGGAAAUGGAUACCAGAGGAAGAGGAAAAGAAAAAGAAGAAGCAGAGAAGAGUAAACAAAAUGAGAACAAAGAGCAGAGUGGCUUAGCGGCCGGUCAUGGGGGUGAAGCGGGGGGCUCUGCGACAGUCCAGCCGAGGUUGUAUGAGUGUGUGUUUUGCAAAGGCAGUUUUACUUCUGCACAGGCGCUGGGUGGUCAUAUGAACGUCCAUAGGCGGGAGCGGGCUAGGCUUAAAGAAUCUUUGUCAAUAACAUUAUCAGCGCCUCAUGAGCAGCCUGCGAUCAUGCCGUCUCAGCGGAGUCCAGUGUCUUUAGCAGUUCCAUAUGACCAGGCUGUUAGCUCUUCGAUUUCUCCUAGGUUUUAUGCAACGCGCAGUAGAGAAAAACAGGGGGAAUCGUCUGAUGAAAAUUUGCAGGCAAAAGGGGGGAAAGAUCUUAAGCAAGGUGAUGAAGAGCUGGAUUUAGAGCUUCGACUUGGAGAAAAACCAGGGAAAAAGUGAGAGCUCUUUUGAGCUAUCUCUUGCUAUUCUUUGAUUCUUUUGUUCAUUUCUUUCAUUUUUUUACAGCACACGCCUCUAUGCUUUGUUAUUUCAGAAAUAAACUCUUUGUAGAAUGCAUCGGUUUCUUAAA